UGACUGGGUACAUCACUAGUUAUGUCAUCCAUUGCGAAGUUUGAUGUCAUACCUAUCUACUUAUUUAAUAUUUAUACUUUCUUAUUUACUUUCUUUUAAAAUUUUCAGACUAAAAGAGAUAUUCCAACCAAGGAGUGUAAUCCUUCUAUCCGUAUAUUUUAAAACUUACAUUUAGAGGAAGAUUCCUGAAUUCAGGAGAUCCUGGUUAAUUAGUGGUUUAUCAUAACCAAAAAUAUCAAAAUGCCGUUAGAUUAUAGAAGAUUUAAUGGACCAGAAGAUAGUAUACCAUAUAAACGUUUUACAAAGCAAUAUUUUAAAACUUAUGAACAACUUCGAGACGAUUUAAUAAACGACAAAGGCCUAAGACAAGACGGCCGUACUCUUGACGAAGCAAGGAGCAUGUUUGCAAGAACUGAUAUGGUGUCACAAGCAAAAGGAUCAUCUUAUGUUGAAUUGAAGAAAACAAAAGUAGCAUGCUCUGUAUUUGAUCCUAGAGAGAUACCACAUCAGAAUGAAUUCAGCCAACUUGGUCAGCUAUAUUGUGAAGUAAAAUUUGCACCUUUCUCAUGCCCUCGGAAACGACGGCCAUAUGCACCUGAUUCUGAAGAGAGGGCUCUUUCAGUUGCAUUAAGACAAGCACUAGAGCCAACUGUAUGCAGGCAUUUGUUUCCUAACUAUCAGAUUGAUGUCUUCGUAUACAUAUUAGAACAUGAUGGUGCAUGUUUAGCAGCAGCCAUAAAUGCAGCAGGUCUAGCAUUAGCCAAUGCAGCUGUGCCCAUGUAUGACAUAAUUACAUCAUGUUCUGUGGCAGUUCUUGGUGACAAAAUGUUCAUUGAUCCUACAGAAGCAGAAGAACAUGUAGCAACUACAAGUCUAGAAAGUGAUGCAAAUCAUGGUAUCAUAACCAUGUCAAUGUUAUCUGGACUAAAACAAAUAUCAGACUUCACUCAAAUAGGAUCUAUGGGUAUGGACUGCGUUACAAAAGCAAUGGACAUACUAGAAAGGGAAUGUGAAAAACUUGUACCUUAUAUACAAAAAGUUCUUGUUACAAAUGUUAUCCAAGGAUUUGAGCAACAAAAGGUGCUUGAAGAAGAAGCUAAGGAAAGAGAAAAAGCAUUGGAUGCUAAAAUGGAGGAAUGGAAAGCCUUAUUAAAAGCUGCACUCAUAUUUGGUAGUAUCGGCUAUUUAGAGGAAUUACAUAUUGAGAAACAAGAUAUACAUAGUUCUGAUGGUUUGUGUUUUGAUCCGAGAACUAUUAUGUCUCUUGGGCCAACUCUUCGAAUUUUAAAUGUCUCUGAAAAUAAAAUUACGGAUGUGGCUUGGGCAAAACCGCUUCGUAGAUUGGAAGUACUCAUAGCUAAAAAGAACAAUCUGGAAAACUUUCAGAGCGUGGCUGAUGACUUAUGCACAUUGACUUCCCUGGUUGACUUAAAUUUCAUUGGAAAUCCGAUGACGAAGAAACAUCGUUACAAAGAAACUAUUAUUGCAAGAUGUGCACAACUUCGUGUUUUAGAUACAAUAGUGAUCAAUAACACGUCAAAAACCUUUCUACAAAGUUUCGUUAAAGCUGUCAAACUGCGUCAGCUUAACGAAAAAAACAAGUUGGAUAUGAAUAAACGUGGAGUUGAUGACUUCUUUGAGCUUAACAUGUUGCCUGGACCGAGAGCUCAAAGCGCACUUUCUACGAGUAUAUCUGGGUUCACCAACCAGAAACCUAAAGUUUCAGCAAUUGAUUCUACAUACACGUUUAUGCCACGUACUUUCUGGCGGUCAAAGCCAACACCAUCGCCUCGAGAGACUAUUGCUCCGCCAAUGGAACCUCCACCGCCCAUCAAACAACCUGUGAAUGAAACAAACGACAUUCCUAUUAAAGGAAUUUUAAAGAAACCUAUGCCAAUGAAAUAUCAAUCCUAGAAACUUUUAUGUUAUAGAAACUUAUAUGUUAUUUUAAUAUUAUUUAUAUAAAAAGAAAAUAUAAAAUUGUCAAUUUUUCCUG